AGCAAACUUACUCUUUAUUUUUUUCUUAAACGCCAUGAGAACGAGUAACAAUCUUAUAGGCCUCGUAAACUUCAUCACCUUCCUCCUAUCCAUUCCUAUUCUCGGCGGUGGAAUAUGGCUUAGCAACCGAGCUAACACCACUGACUGCAUGAGAUUCCUCCAGUGGCCACUCAUCGUCAUCGGUAUCUCCAUCAUGGUAGUCUCCUUAGCCGGUUUCGCAGGAGCUUGUUACCGUAACAAGUUCCUCUUGUGGCUUUACCUCUUCGCCAUGUUCUUUGUAAUAGCUGCUCUCAUUGGUUUCAUUAUCUUUGCUUACGCGGUCACUGAUAAAGGCUCGGGAAGGUUUGUGAUGAACCGGAGGUAUCUUGAUUAUUAUCUCGGUGAUUAUUCGGGUUGGUUAAAGGACCGGGUCACGGAUGAUGGAUACUGGGGGCAAAUCAGGUCGUGUGUUAGAGAUUCUGGAGUUUGUAGGAAGAUAGGAAGACGUUUACAUGGUGUUCCUGAAACUCCACUCAUGUUUAACUUCAGAAGGCUUAGUCCUAUUGAGUCAGGAUGUUGCAAGCCGCCAACAGAAUGUGGAUACACGUACGUGAACGAGACAGUGUGGAUUCCAGGAGGAGAUAUGAUUGGACAGAAUCCAGACUGUAUGUUGUGGAACAAUGACCAGAGACUGCUAUGUUACCAAUGUAGCUCUUGCAAGGCUGGUGUCCUUGGUAGCUUAAAACAGAGCUGGAGAAAAGUAUCUGUGAUCAACAUUGUGGUUUUGAUCAUACUUGUUAUCUUCUAUGUGAUCGCCUAUGCGGCUUACCGUAAUGUUAAGAGGAUGGAUAAUGACGAACCGGCCGGUGAGGCUAGGAUGACCAAAUCUCAUCCUAGUCAUUUUGAGAUUUGAUGACUAGAAAAAAACCACAAUGUCGAUCACUAAAUGCAACUCACAAAAAACCAUUACUCUAUUAUGGGUUGUUGUUGUAAUUAUAUAACUUUGAGCUUUGUUUUAUAAUACUUUAUGUUAAUGUU